GCGCGCUGGCUGGAGAGUAAUGUUACAGAGCGGAGAGUGUGAGGAGGCUGCGUCUGGCUCCCGCUCUCACAGCCAUUGCAGUACAUUGAGCUCCAUAGAGACAGCGCCGGGGCAAGUGCGAGCCGGACGGGCACUAGACGACUCUGUGCUCGCUGAGGAAAAGUAAUUAAACAUGGGCAAAGGAGAUCCUAAGAAGCCGAGAGGCAAAAUGUCAUCAUAUGCUUUCUUUGUGCAAACCUGCCGGGAGGAGCACAAGAAGAAGCACCCAGAUGCUUCAGUCAACUUCUCAGAGUUUUCUAAGAAGUGCUCAGAGAGGUGGAAGACCAUGUCUGCUAAAGAGAAAGGAAAAUUUGAAGACAUGGCAAAGGCGGACAAGGCCCGUUAUGAAAGAGAAAUGAAAACUUAUAUUCCUCCUAAAGGGGAAACAAAAAAGAAGUUCAAGGAUCCCAAUGCACCCAAGAGGCCUCCUUCGGCCUUUUUCUUGUUUUGUUCUGAGUAUCGCCCCAAAAUCAAAGGAGAGCAUCCCGGCCUAUCCAUUGGUGAUGUUGCAAAGAAGCUGGGAGAAAUGUGGAACAACACUGCUGCAGAUGACAAGCAGCCUUAUGAAAAGAAGGCUGCUAAGCUGAAGGAGAAAUACGAAAAGGAUAUUGCUGCAUACCGAGCUAAAGGAAAGCCUGAUGCUGCAAAAAAGGGAGUUGUCAAGGCUGAAAAAAGCAAGAAAAAGAAGGAGGAGGAGGAAGAUGAAGAGGAUGAAGAGGAUGAGGAAGAGGAGGAAGACGAAGAAGAUGAAGAUGAAGAUGAAGAGGAUGAUGAUGAAUAAGUUGGUUCUAGCGCAGUUUUUUUUUUUCUUGUCUAUAAAGCAUUUAACCCCCCUGUACACAACUCACUCCUUUUAAAGAAAAAAAUUGAAAUGUAAGGCUGUGUAAGAUUUGUUUUUAAACUGUACAGUGUCUUUUUUUGUAUAGUUAACACACUACCGAAUGUGUCUUUAGAUAGCCCUGUCCUGGUGGUAUUUUCAAUAGCCACUAACCUUGCCUGGUACAGUAUGGGGGUUGUAAAUUGGCAUGGAAGUUUAAAGCAGGUUCUUGUUGGUGCACAGCACAAAUUAGUUAUAUAUGGGGAUGGUAGUUUUUUCAUCUUCAGUUGUCUCUGAUGCAGCUUAUACAAAAUAAUUGUUGUUCUGUUAACUGAAUACCACUCUGUAAUUGCAAAAAAAAAAAAAGUUGCAGCUGUUUUGUUGACAUUCUGAAUGCUUCUAAGUAAAUACAAUUUUUUUUAUUA